AUGUGCCUCGUCAAGGUCAAGCAGGAAGAAGACGUCGUCGUCCCCUACCGCGUCGUAUCGCGGCACAACCACUCCCCCCCGCGCCGCCGCGCCUCGCGCCAGUCAACACACCGCUACUCGCGCGAAGUCGUCCGGGAAUCGCACGCUGCCUCCCCACGCCCAUCGGCAUCCUACAUCGCGGUCCCAACCCCGCAGCCGCGCCCCCUCGCCAUCCCGCCCCCCCAGCCCGUCCCCGUCUUCGUCGAGCCCCCGCCCGCCCCGAUCCACGUGCACGCGCCUGCACCCCCGCCGCCGCGCUCCCACGGCGCGCCCCAGUACGUCGAGGUCUCUCCGCGCUCGAGCCUGAGUUCGCGCUCGUCCGACACCCGCGACGACUACGUGUACCGCGAGCGCGAGGUCAGGCGCGAGCGCGCGUAUAGUCCUGAGCGGGGGGCUGGGUACGAGCACUAUCGGUAUGUGGAGCCGGCGCGCAGUGAGAGCAGUUUUGGCGGGAGGGGGUAUGGGAGGGAGCGCGAGAGGGAGAGGAGUCGGUCCAGGGUCAGGGUGGAUUAUGGGAGGCAGAGGAGUAGGAGUCGGGGGGAGUUUGUGGAUGAGCGGACCAGGGUGUCGUUUGGAGGGGAGGGGAGGAGGGAGUAUCGGUAGGGGGUGAUGGUAGGAGGGUCAUUGGCAGGGGGAUUUUCGGCAGGGCGGGUAUCGGUAGAGGGGCUGCUGGGCUGUGGUUGCAUUUCAUUGUGGAGCGUUGUGUUGGUUGCGAGUAUGUAAUGUCUAUGUAUGAUUCGAGCGGUGACGAAUACAUGUUUCUUACGAUUGGGACCGCCUCUUUGAAAUACGUGCUGUUUGCUUGGAUAUUGUUGUCUCCUAACAUUGACCACCCCAUAUAACGCCCCGAGUUGUGGGUCCGACUUUAUUUGGGCGAUGAGAUCAUUGUUGACCCUGAACAGCGGCAGUCCGGGAAUUCCGCUCGCCAUGGACUGCACAUGUAUUUUCGGGCCUCAGAUCGACCACUUGUCUCCACAUCAGUCGUUGGUCAGCACGCCGUUAGAAGCCCUGCAAUCGCUCGGGCACCAGGGACUUGAGGCCG